AUGUAUACGAUACGGCCCCGACCGGUACGCUCCCACAACCACGCCGAACUCUUGCAAACGGAGCAGUUUUUCCAAAACGGAUCGCUAGCAUGGCGAUACGACGAUGACGAUGCCGAUAACAAUGACGCCCACGACGGGUACGACUCGGACACGGCACCAGCCCACAUGGACAUUGGCCAUUUCCGCUGGUUCUGGCCCUGGGGCGUCCGUCGCAGCUCGACCUUUGACACCAUGCCCUCCGGGAAGCAGCGCCUCCCCGUUGCCGCCCUCCUCCCUCCCUCCUCCGCGUCGACCUCCACCCAACCUUCCAGCCUCCUCCUGACCCGGCUUCCCCCCGAGCUGCGCCUCAAGAUCUGGCGUCUCGUCCUGCGCACCCGCUGCAGCACCCGCUGGCCCUACCACCCGCGAUCCCCCGCGUGGCGACCCGACCGCCGUGGCGCGCCCUACAUCGACGUCGCGCUGCUGCGCACCUGCCGCGCCGUGUACGCCGAGGCGUGGGACCUGCCGAUGCGGUUGACCUUUGCCGCGCUCGCCGACGGCACACCGAGCGACAAGCCCUCCGAGUGGGCGCCGGUGGUGCUGGCCGCGGGCGUGCUGGUGCCGCACGCCUGGCAGGUGCUGCUGCUGCGCCGCGCGGAGGUCACGAUGCAGCACUUCCGCCUCGAGGCUGGAUUUUUGGAGAUGUGGGUGGCCGCGCUGGGCAAACUCAAGGCGGCCGCCGCCGCGUGCGUGGCGGACCUGGUGGCGGCGGCAAGAGCGCGGGGGCAGGCGCUGGACGAGGGCGUGGUGGCGAGGUUGGGCGGCGGACAGCCGCUGGAGGAGAUCGUGGUGCGCUUGAACAGGAAGGACUGGUGGACGUGGACGAGCGUGCCGCCGCCACCGUGGCCGGACGGUCUCCCGGGCAAGUGCGUGGCGGACGUGAGGGCAGUGGGGAGGCGGGGCCGGAGGAAGAGGCGGAGGAGGAGGAGCAGCGUGGAAGAGGAGAGACAAAGGGAGGCGGAGAGGGAGAGUUGGGCGAGGAGAAAGGAUGUGGAUGGUGGGGAGGAUGCUUCUUCGGAGCUGGAGACGGACGAGGACGAGGACGAGGGCGAGGACGAGCUGCAGCAAGCAGACGAGGAGAGUCGCCAAAAUGUUCCCAUCUUGGAGGAGACUACGACAUUAAGCGAGACGAGCUACGAUCAAGUCGACGACCCCCCACCACAGACCUAUGACACGGACGAUCCCGACGACGAUGACGAGCAAGGCGGCUACUUCUCCGACCACACCGCCAGCUCCGCCGCCUCCUCCGCCGUCUACGUCUUCGACGCCGCCACGCUGCCCGCCUCCCUCGCGCUCGUCCCGCUCCGCACCGAGACCUGGGACCGGCCCGCUCCCGGCGGCGGAGGCGGCGCCUACGGCGUGCUCUCGCCCAACCUGCGCCUCACCCUCAUGCUCGAGACGUUCGGUCCCAAGAGCCUGCAGCUGGACGCCGCGCUCGCCGAGGCGCGCGCCUGGCGCCUGCCGAUGCCGCUGGUGCACGCCGGCGCGGUGCGGGCCGGCGCGGCGGUGGAGGACCGCACGGGACGGGUGCUGGCGUGGGACGGGCGCCCUGUGCGGGAGUACCACUGGCUGCGGGACGUGGGCGACGAGGAGGCGGAGGAGGCGACGUUCCUGCGCAUGGGCGAGUUCAGGGCGACGGCGGAGGGUGUGGUGGUCAAGAUGAUGACGCUGGUGCCGCGGAGCUUCUGA